AUGGCGUCAAAUGCUCGAUAUACUCAGGCCCCCCAGCGGGAUUCCAUGGAUGCGCAGCACUACCCUCAUGCCCCUCCAUCUUAUCAGGAUGCCUCUGGCCCCUCAAGUGGAAUUUACGGAACCCAAAGAACUGAAGAUGAUAAUGUUCCGGAUGACUUUAAGUAUGGAGGCUCUGUUGCCGAAGCAGCUAUGCCUAUUCGAAUGCAGUUUAUCCGCAAAGUGUACUCCAUUCUGACCGUCCAGCUCAUCCUUACUACCGCCCUGAGCUCCGUUUCCUUCUUCAACACUCGCUAUAAAUCUUGGGUCCAGUCGCAUUCAUGGCUAAUGAUCGGAUCGCUCAUCGGAGCUAUCGUCUUUAUGCUGCUCACCUACUGGAAACGCAAGAGUUACCCUACCAACCUUCUAUUCCUCAGCGGCUUCACUCUCCUUGAGGGAUAUGCCAUCAGCGUCAUCACUUCGUUUUAUGAUUCCAAGAUUGUUAUGCAGGCACUUAUCCUUACCAUGGGCUUGUUUAUUGGCCUGACUUUGUUCGCCUGCCAGACCAAGUAUGAUUUUACUGGGUGGAUGCCAUAUCUCUUUGGUGGACUUUGGUUCUUGGUCAUCUUCGGCUUUGUGGCGGCUUUCUUUCCUAUGGGUAAGACUAUGGACCUAGUGUAUGGAGCUGUUGGAGCGUUGAUAUUCAGCGGGUACAUUCUUGUGGACACUCAGCUUGUGAUGCGACACUAUCACGUCGAGGAGGAGAUCGCCGCCGCUAUCUCCCUCUACCUUGACAUCAUCAACUUGUUCUUGUCUAUCCUGAGGAUCCUGAACAACCAGAGCAAUAACUAG